UUGGCGAUCCGACACAACCCGUUCAGUCGUUCCCCGGCACCGGCACUGAGCGUCCGCGUUUUCCUCUCCCAAAACUAACUUUUCGUAAGUUCGACAUGACGUUACGUUGCGUCCUCGCGGUGUUGGCGCUGGCCUGCUCCGCGCUCGCGGGCCAGGAGGUCACCGAACUCAAGGUGGACGUGGUCAGCGUGCCCGAGGGCUGCACCACCAAGUCCAAGCACGGCGACAUGCUGACCAUGCACUACACCGGCACCCUGGACGACGGCCACAAGUUCGACUCCAGCUACGACCGCGACCAGCCCUUCACCUUCCAGAUCGGCGUGGGGCAGGUUAUCAAGGGCUGGGACCAGGGCCUGCUCGACAUGUGUGUCGGCGAGAAGCGUAAGCUGACCAUCCCCUCGUCUCUUGGCUACGGCGAGCGCGGAGCCGGCAACGUGAUCCCGCCCCACGCCACCCUGCACUUUGAGGUGGAACUCAUCAACAUCGGCGACUCGCCGCCCACCACCAACGUCUUCAAGGAGAUCGACGCCGACAAAGACAACCUCCUGUCCCGCGAAGAAGUGAGUAUUGAGCUGGCAUUCCAAGCUAUGGACUCGGACGGGGACAAAGAGCUGUCGAGAGAAGAGGUAAGCGAGUACCUGAAGAAGCAAAUGGUGCCUUCGGAUGGUGCUGAGAUCAGCGAGGACAUCAAGCAAAUGCUCGAAAGCCACGACAAGCUCGUCGAGGAAAUCUUCCAACACGAGGACAAGGACAAAAACGGCUUCAUCAGCCACGAGGAGUUCUCAGGCCCUAAACACGACGAACUCUAAAUAAACGCUAAAUAACUUCAAUCCCCAUUACGUUAUUCUUUAAAACUAUUAAAGCGAACAUGACACUUGUCUAUGGUUCACAAUGUAAUCACAUGGACCCAAUCUUUGUACUUAUUUAUUAAAAAAUCAUGUCAGAUUCGCUUUAAAAUAGUUUUAAGUUGUUUUUUACAAGACUUUUGAGAAUGCGAGUUAGAAAUUAUUAUUUUAAUAAUUGUUUGUAGGUAUAUCUGUCUUCUCUAAAUUGUUACAAUACACUCAUUCACGUUAAGUGACAACUUUGUUUUUAUCAGCGUAUGAGAGUUUUUGUUGAGUCUUUUGUACUUAGUUUACGUUGUUGGUGUAUCUACGAAUUUGUUAUUUAGGUACAUAUUAUUAUUACGAUUAGAUAGUAACACUAAUGCAUUAUUCAAGCAUAAUAUAUGUAAUUAUAUCUCCUUACUCGGUGCUAAGUGACUUUCGUAGCACGAUAUUUUAAGAAAUCGUCAAUUAGGUACUGACUAUUGACAUUGUAAAUUCGUAUUUCUAACUGAAUAGCCUGUUCUGAUCUGCUACCUACCUACAUAUCCAAGACUUUGGUAUCCACCUGAAGGCUUUCAUCGAAGGUAUAUUAAGUAAGGGAUGAUAGAAUUUUACUGUUUACAUAGCAGAAGAACUGCGUAUUUACUGUAGUAGAAAUAUUCUAAUGUGACCAAACGUUUCAAACUUUUCGUAUAAUAAUGUAGUGAGUACAUUCAUGUAGAUCAUAAGAUCUUUGUAUUAACUACUAUUUAUGUUUCAUCACGUUGAGUAAGUAGAUUUGAAAGUACGCUAUAUAAUAGUCACUAAUAGUAUAUUAAUCAACCAUAUGUAUACACAAUAUCUAUGUGUUGUGAGUUCCAAUAUGCAUCGUUUUUAUUAUGUGUAACAUUAUUCCAUGUUCAUUCCGCCGUAUUUAAUAAAUAAACUUAUUUAUAUCAAUAAA